GCACUCCAGAGGAGCCCGGAAGCCUCUGAGCAGGCGGCACGGUUCUCCGCGCCCCGAGAGGCUCUUGUUGCCAUGGUGAUGACUCGCGCGCGCGGGGGCCCCGUGUCUUCCGUUUCCACGGGCUGGAGGAGGGUCCAGACCACGCCCCCGACGUCGGGAUUCGAGAGCCCGGAGCCAGUCCCGCGAUGCCCACGUUGCUGCGGUGAUUCGCUGGGGCCCCGCACGUCGGAACCGGCCUUUGCAGCUUUGGACACUGGAAGAAUGAGGUCCUCUUGGACCCCUUUGGGGCCCCCAGUGAGCCAGGACCGCAUCAUCACCAGCUUCCCGAAGUGCUACACGCCUGAGGCCUGCCUGCAGCUCAAGGAGCACUUCCACAGCCAGGUUGACACAGCCUGCCAGCACAGGAACACGGGCACUGCUGGGCUCAAGCUCUCCAAGGUGGUGGUGGUUGGUGAUCUCUAUGUGGGGAAGACGAGCCUCAUUCACAGGUUGUGCAAGAACAUUUUCGACCGUGAUUACAAGGCCACGAUUGGGGUAGACUUUGAAAUUGAGCGCUUUGAGAUUGCGGGGAUCCCCUACAGCCUCCAGAUCUGGGACACGGCCGGGCAGGAGAAGUUCAAAUGCAUUGCCUCUGCCUACUACCGCGGUGCUCAGGUGAUCAUCACAGCCUUCGACCUCACUGACGUGCAGACACUGGGGCACACCAGGCAAUGGCUGGAGGAUGCGCUGAGGGAGAACGAGGCUGGCUCUUGCUUCAUCUUCCUCGUGGGAACCAAGAAGGAUCUCCUGUCAGGGGCAGCGUGUAAGCAGGCAGAAGCAGAGGCUGUGCACCUGGCCAAUGAGAUGCAGGCAGAGUACUGGUCUGUGUCCGCCAAGACGGGAGAGAACGUGAAGGCAUUGUUCAGCCGCGUCGCCGCGCUAGCAUUUGAGCGGUCUGUACUUGAGGACCUGGAGAAGAGGCCCAGGACCCAGUCCCAGGUCGGAGAUGGCGAUGGAGACCUAAUCCGAAUAGAGGUACCCAAGACCCAGGAGAACAAGAGGCCACCUAGCCUGGGCUGCUGUUAGCCGAGGCCAGCAUCAGAGCUGUCCACCCCGUGCAUACACGGAGGGUGACAUGGAGUCCAAGCUCCACAGUGGAGAAGCCUGUGUCUCCAGAGUGCGGCCACUUCUCCCAAGCAGGUCAGCAGCCACUGACUGCUGGAGCCCCGCACUGCUCAGCUGGCUGGGGUCACCAGGGCGAGCCUUCCCUACAGGGUCUUCAGACAGUCGCUGUGUUCUCAGGAGGCUUCAAGACUGCAAACUCAGGACACUUCAGGGCUAGCCCACUUCCCUUACCCAGUCGUACCCAGAGUCAGUCCUGGACCCCUUUCCUGCCAAUCCUCACUGAGGCCUCUGAACCCUCGUCUCCAUGUCCCAAGCAUUGACUUGUCAGAAUAGCUGAGCAGAACCGACCUGCCAUCCCAUCUCUUCCUUGAGUCCUAGGCCUUGCCGCCUCAGACCUAGCUAUCCACCGUCCUUCUACCACAGAAUCUUGGGACUCUUGAUCCCCAUUGUUAAGCACGAUGGACACAGUUGAGGUGGCCCCUCUGGCAGAGUCCUGCCUCCAUCCCUGAGGUUUCCCAUGCUCCUGCCCUGCAUGUCAGUGGGUAAGAUGAUGAAUCGUGACUACGCCGAGAGAUGACAAUUGCACGGCUUCCCUCUGGCAACUCAUUCCAUGUCCCUGAGCCUGAGGCUGCCCUGUGCUGUCACCCAGGCCCUUCCCUGCUGACCUACCAUGUGUCUCUCCAGUGGGCCCGUGUGUCUCUUGGACUUUGGCAUUGGCCCACGGAUCUCUGGAGGACUUAGGACAUCCAGAAUCUAGCAUCCCUAACCCCCUCUUACACAUCAGCAGGAACACUGCUCCCUACUUGGGUCCAGAGCCUGCCCUGACCCCCUCACCCACUCUGUAGUCCUACAGCUCCCUGUCUAGGCCCACGCAACCCUUUCUUACUCCUGCCAUAGAGGGUGGGUACACACAGCAUUGCUGGCUGAUGCUUUUCCCCCAAGGCCUGUCUCACAUAGCCCAUGCUGUUUUCCAACUCUGUAGCUGAGGCUUACCUUAGAUUUUAUUGGCCCUCCAUCUCCCAAGUGCUGGGAUUACAGGCAUGGACCCCCAUAACCCCCAGCAACACCUGCUUGUCAAGGAUGGUAGGCAUUUGCAGGCGGCCAUGUUGGUCGGUGCCCGUUUCUAAGUGCCUGGCAUGCCACACAUUUCCAUGACUGUUCAUUAACUCGGCAAACACCCGAGAACACUGGCAAAUUUUCCUGUCCAGCACCAACAUUCCUUAGCUUUAUUUUAGUGUGCUCUCUCUCUCUCUCCGUCCUCCCUCCCCCUCUCUCUGAAACAGGGGGUCUCUGUUUACACCAGGCUGGCCUUGAGCUUGCAGCAGCCUCCCAGCUUCUGCCUCCCCCAAGUGCUGGGAGGAGGCAUAAAGCUCCUAUCUGGGCUCAAGGUCUUUUAUUCUAAAAACUAUCUAAAAAACGUCUCUUUGAAGGAAUUAAAUGUUUGGUAUUAAACAAGGUGGUAGAGCAUAUAAACAAAAAUA